CAGACCCCAGCCCUCGGCGCGGCUGGCCUCUGCCCGAAGCCGCUCCUGUUUGCGGUCUGAAUUCGGACUGUAGUUGUGUCAGUGUGUUAUGAUGCCAUCUCGUACCAACCUGGCUACUGGAAUCCCCAGUAGUAAAGUGAAAUACUCAAGACUCUCCAGCACAGAUGAUGGCUACAUUGACCUUCAGUUUAAGAAAAGCCCUCCUAAAAUCCCAUAUAAGGCCAUUGCGCUUGCUACAGUGCUGUUUUUGAUCGGCGCCUUCCUCAUUAUCAUAGGCUCCCUCCUGCUGGCCGGCUAUAUCAGCAAAGGGGGGGCAGACCGGGCCGUUCCCGUCCUGAUCAUUGGCAUCCUGGUGUUCCUGCCAGGAUUUUACCACCUGCGCAUCGCCUACUAUGCAUCCAAAGGCUACCGGGGUUACUCCUACGAUGACAUUCCAGACUUUGAUGACUAGCACCCACCUCAGCCCUGAGGAGCAGAGUCAGAUGGGACUGAGCUCAGCUUUGAGAUACUGAGCAGAAACUAUGGCUUAGGGCUAAGGAAUUCUGCAGUUUGCAGACGUUUAACAAAACAAUGGCUAGGUUUUAUGGGUCCACCCUACAGAUGCUAACGGAGCUUACAAUUAGCUAAUUAGGGCAUAUAUAUUUCAGCUCCUGGUUCUGACAAAAGCUGACAAGUUUUUCCACAUGAACCUGUAUCAUGGAAGAAUAGCAGUGUUAAUUGGAAAAAGCAGGAGGUUAUUCUGUAGUGGGAAGUGUUGCUGUCACCACCCUUUUUAGAGUUGAGCAUUUCUUUUAAAUAGUCUUUAUUGUCAGUUUGUUCUUGUGACAAAUGGAAGUACGCAGUAUAUCAGAAUUCUUGUUACUAAGUAAUUUAUUUUGAAAAUACCUAAGUAUCUUAUCCCCUAUGCUUUAACUUCAUGCUCUAGUGGAACACCUUGGCAAAAUCAGAUAUUAGUGUGGAUGCGUCUGUAAUAUUUCUUACUUGCUUUCCUGUUAAAAGCAAUCAGAAAUUUUAAACCUCAGAACAAGUUUUCAAAAUGUAGACACAUUCUGUUCAAUCCUUGGGCAGCUCUAACCUGGUUCACCAUUAGCUUGGGCACCAUAUAAUUUGUAUAAUUCUAUCCUUUAUAGAUUAAGAUGUUCUGUAUGUCAUGCUUUUAAGGACUGGGCUUUGGUCUGUUUUCUGAGGAAGAAUGUAGAUAAGUGGGGGUUAUUUAGAGUUUAUAACCCCAUUAUUGUCACCUUGUAUUGUGAUGUCCUGCUGAAGAUCACAAGAUUUGGCCUGGAUCCCUAGGGGACUAGACUGCCUUAAUUUGAUUCUAUUUCCUAGCUUGCAAAAAGUGACUUACGUUCAAAAGAAAUUAAAAUGUCAAAAUCUAAAUUCUACACUUAAAUUAGUUCAUUUUAAACAUAUUUCAGAAAACAUUUUAAUGAUUAAAUGAUAUCUUAGAUCCCAAUAUCAAGGACUACUUUUAUUUUUAGAUAACUGGCAUUGUAAGUCAGACUGCUUUUCAGUCAUUCUUUUAGUCUGAGGUUGUGGAUUGGGCAGCUAGAAGCCUGGAAGUGCUAUUAGCUGGGAUUUGGAGGGCUGUAGGUAGAGCAAGUUUACUGGGGAAGAUGAGUUUAACUUUGGGUGUCUUAAGUUUUAGAUGCUCAGCAUCCAAGUGGAGCUGUUGACUAGGCAAUUGCAAUAUGCAGGUUUGGAGUACAGGAAUGGAGCCUAGGCUGGAGGUAGAAAUUUGGGAGUCAGUGGUAGGACAAUAUAUCCAAGAACUGUGGGGCUUUAUGAGAUCACCCACGGAGUGUGCACAUGGGAAAAAACACUAGGACUCCGGAAAUGAGGGACAAAAAGGGUGACCUGAAGCAGCCUCUAGGGUUAGGUAUAUUUGUUAAUGGGAGGGUAGGCUGGGGAAUUCCAAUAGUCUAAUUAAAGUUCUUGGGACUUGGCAGUGAAGAUGUAAGGAAAUAUAUAAAGCUUUAUCCUGGGCAGUGUUUGCAAAGCAAAGCUCACACCAGAAGUUCCUUUUCAUAAGGAUAAUGAUGCUAUUGGUAAGGGUGGGGCGAAUGGAACGGAAGGAUAUAAAGUGAAAAGUAAGCAUUUGGUUGGGGUGAGUAAGCAUUUGUUUCCCCAGCCCAUUCCCCAAGGUUGUCUUAAGUUUCUUGUAUACCCUUCCUCCCUUCCAGAAAUGUUUUAAGUAUGACUGUAUAUCCUUUUGGGGAAAAAAAAAAAAACCCCAAAACAAAAAACGUGGUAUCCCAUUGUAUCAUUUUAUAUAUUUUUUUCUAUCCUAUUUUGUAUAUCUUUCUAUAUCCACAGAGAUCAGCCACAUUUUUAAAAUGUAAAUUAUAAGUACAGUUUUUCAUGCUGUGUGUGUAGUCAUAGGGUUCUAAGAGCAGAGACCAUAAAAGUCAGAUUCCUAGAGCAGGAAUUCCCUCUUGGAUGUCCCCUGAGGAAUGGCCUUUGCUGUUCUAUUUGAACAUUCAGGCUCAUAAUUUCAUUCCAUUUGGGAAUUUUACAGGAGUAUUGUUUAUUAAGCCAAAAUUGGAAUACCUAUGAAUAUGGAUUGACAGUGGUUGUAUAUUCUGGUGCUUUAUACAGAACAUCUAGACCUGCGUAAUAAUAGUGAAUGUUUCUUGAACCCUU